CGGUAUUUAUAUUCCGGGGUCUUAGGUAUCGGCAUCUGCUCCGACUUUCUCCACAGCUACGCUACUUCUUUCUUUCGUGAAGCAGAGGGAGGAAGAAAUGAGUGAGGCUAAGCCGAAAAGUCAGCCUGUUGUUUGGAGUACAAUUAAGCCCUUCGUCAAUGGCGGAGCCUCCGGCAUGCUCGCCACCUGCGUUAUUCAGCCUAUCGAUAUGAUCAAGGUUAGAAUCCAGCUGGGACAAGGAUCUGCGGUUCAGGUUACGAAGAACAUGCUCGCUCAAGAGGGUGUCGGUGCUUUCUACAAGGGUCUUUCAGCUGGGCUAUUAAGGCAAGCUACUUACACAACAGCUCGGCUUGGAUCAUUUAGGGUAUUGACAAACAAAGCAACUGAGGCUAAUGAAGGGAAGCCCUUACCACUCCUUCAAAAAGCUGCUAUCGGUUUGACAGCCGGAGCUAUAGGUGCUUGUGUUGGUAGUCCAGCUGAUCUUUCACUAAUCCGCAUGCAGGCUGAUGCAACUUUACCCCCAGCACAACGCAGGAAUUACACAAAUGCCUUCCAUGCACUCUAUCGAAUUACUGCUGAUGAAGGGGUUCUUGCUCUCUGGAAAGGGGCGGGUCCAACAAUAGUGAGGGCAAUGGCAUUGAACAUGGGCAUGCUGGCCUCUUACGACCAAAGUGUUGAAUUUUUCAGGGAUUCGCUUGGUUUUGGAGAAGUUAGCACAGUUCUUGGAGCCAGUGCUGUUUCAGGAUUCUUUGCAUCUGCCUGCAGCUUGCCCUUUGACUAUGUAAAGACGCAGAUUCAGAAAAUGCAGCCAGAUGCCUCUGGGAAAUAUCCCUACAGCGGUUCUUUCGACUGUGCCAUAAAGACCUUGAAGAGUGGGGGACCUUUCAAAUUUUACACUGGAUUUCCUGUUUACUGCGUAAGAAUUGCUCCACAUGUCAUGAUGACGUGGAUAUUCUUGAAUCAAAUUCAGAAGCUUGAAAAAUCUGCUGGGUUCUAGAGGUUUCUGAUAACAUUCCGGCUUUUUUGAACUGUUGCUGAGGCUGGUUUUGGAUCUUGGUAGCCCAUCUAAUCCAUUGGCAGGGAACUGCUGAUUUCACAAAAAAAAUCAAAAUAAAAGAUCCUUUGUUGCGUAGUGGUGAUUUUUUUGUCAUAUUUUGUUUUGCAAGGAAUAUUAUUUUUACAUAAAAGCACAUCCUAUAAUCCAUGUUGAAUUAUCAUAAGGUUGCCUUUUAUCUA